GUUAACACUGAGGGGAUUGUUUCAGAGAGGACACAGACUCUUGAAGGUUUGCUGGGGAAGUAGCAAAACAACAACUGCUUACCCAAGGGAGACUCAACAGCCACAUUUUCCAAUUCUGUGUGCAGUGAAGUUAACAAAAAGCCACCAUGAAGCUAAAGCUACCAAACCCAGGACUGGAUGGUCGGAUCCCCUCUCAUGGGGACCUGGAAAAGAUGGAGCAGGAUGAAGCUGGGGACAGACCCAAAUGGGACAACAAAGCCCAGUACCUGCUCACCUGUGUGGGCUUCUGUGUGGGACUUGGCAAUGUCUGGAGGUUCCCUUACCUGUGUCAAAGUCAUGGAGGAGGAGCAUUUAUGAUUCCAUUCCUUAUACUGUUGGUUCUGGAGGGAAUCCCACUGCUUCACCUGGAGUUUGCCAUCGGCCAGCGCCUGAGGAGAGGCAGCGUGGGAGUGUGGGGAUCAAUCAAUCCCUACCUGACGGGAGUUGGUGUAGCAUCCCUGCUUGUCUCAUUUUUGGUGGGUGUGUAUUACAACACCAUCAUGGCCUGGAUCAUGUGGUAUCUCUUCAACUCCUUUCAAGACCCACUGCCUUGGAGCCAAUGUCCUCUCAAUGCUAACAGGACAGGUCUUAUAGAGGAGUGUGCUCGGAGCAGCACUGUCGACUACUUCUGGUACAGAGAGACUCUGAACACUUCAGCUGCCAUCGAUGAGUCUGGGGGCCUGCAGUGGUGGAUGGUGCUGUCCCUGAUAGCUGCCUGGACUCUGCUCUAUAUCUGCUGCAUCCGGGGGAUCGAGACCACUGGGAAGGCUGUGUACAUCACGUCCACUCUGCCAUAUUUGGUCCUCACCAUCUUCCUCAUCAGAGGACUGACUCUGAAAGGCUCUGUAGAGGGAAUCAAGUUCCUCUUCACACCAAAUGUGACUGAGUUAAUGAAUCCAGCAACGUGGUUGGAUGCAGGUGCCCAGGUUUUCUAUUCCUUCUCUUUGGCUUUUGGAGGUCUCAUCUCUUUCUCCAGUUACAACUCUGUUCACAACAACUGUGAGCAGGACGCCGUUCUCAUCUCUAUCAUCAAUGGCUGCACCUCAGUGUACUCUGCAACGGUUAUCUACUCUAUCAUCGGCUUCAGGGCCACGCAAAAAUACGAUGACUGCGUGGGAGAUAACAUCUGGAAGCUGAUGGAUGCCUUCAACUACCCUGAAACCAGCAUCACAGAAAGCAACUACAACGAGGUUCUGACUCACCUCAACCAAACAGAUCCGGAUAUCAUCAAAGGACUGCAGCUACAGACCUGUGACAUGCAGACUUUCCUCAGUCAGGGUGUGGAGGGAACGGGUUUGGCCUUCAUCGUUUUCACAGAGGCUAUCGUCAAGAUGCCUUUUUCUCCUCUCUGGGCUGUCCUCUUCUUCAUCAUGCUCUUCUGCCUCGGCCUCUCGACGAUGUUUGGCAACAUUGAGGGAGUGGUGGUUCCUCUGCAGGACCUCAAAGUGUUGCCCCGAACUUGGCCCAAAGAAAUUUUCUGUGCCCUGACGUGCUUGAUUUCUUUCGCUCUUGGGCUCAUAUUUGCUCUGCGCUCUGGAAACUACUGGCUAGCUCUUUUUGACAACUUUGCAGGCUCUAUCCCUCUUCUGGUCAUUGGCUUCUGUGAAAUGAUUGCUGUUAUCUACAUUUAUGGCAUAGAUAGGUUCAACAAGGACAUUGAGUUUAUGAUCGGCCACAAGCCCAAUAUUUUCUGGCAGGUGACAUGGAGAUUUGUUAGCCCACUCCUUAUGGUCUUCAUCUUGGUUUUCUACUUUGUUACCCAAGUCUCCAAGACACUCACCUAUUUGGUCUGGGACCAGGAGGCGGAGAGCUUCCCCACUCUUGAACCGCGCCCAUAUCCCUCCUGGGUGUACGUCAUCAUCUUUAUCCUGGCUGGAGUUCCCAGUUUAGCCAUCCCAGCAGUCGCUGUCUUCAAAUUCAUCCAGAGGAAAUGCUGCAAGCAGAGGGACUACAGUGACGAGACACUGGACACUAUCUCUGCCAGAAUACAAAUGAGUGACAAAGUGAAGUUUUAAAUAGCUUUUCUUUUGAUUAUUUUAAAACAAAAUGUUUUUAAACAAAACAAAAUGUUUUAUAGUUUGUAUAUUAUACUUAUUGCUUUUCUCUUCCUUAUGUCCUGUACAAUGACAAAAGAGUACACUAGUGAGUACUGACUGGAAAAGUAGAGGUAAAUUUGAAAGCGUUUUCUGUAAAGCACUUGUUUUGAAGAAGAGAGUAAUUGAUAAUACCUUUCUUACUUUUGUGUUAUUAGUUUCCUGCAUGUCGUGUCAUGAUUCACAUGUCAUUGUAUGUUUUACAUUAAAGUAACAGUUAGACAUUUUGGGAAAUACAGUCAUUUGCUGAGAGUAAGACAAGGAGGAUUGAUACCAAUCCUGUGUCUUUACACUAAAUAUGAAGGUACAGAUUUUUUUUUUAGACAGAGCCAGGCUUUGCUUUUUCACCUGUUUCCCCUGUUUCCGCUCUUCAGGGCAAGCUAAAUUAAUCCGCUGAUAUGAGAGUGGCAUCAAUUUUAUCUAAUGUAAGAAAACUAAUAAGCUUAUUGCCUAAUAUUGUAAGUAUACUAUAUGCAUGUACACAAAAAUAAUGUUUUAUUUUAAUAUUUUGUAAAUUCUUGUUAAAACGUUUGACAUACUGUAAGCAUAUCUCUCUUUUUUAAAGAGAGAAAAAAUAACUACAUUCAUGUUAUCAGUGCUUUUUAGUGCACUUUUGUGUUGUUUAUAAGGUUAUUUUUUUUUGUGGGGGACUAUUGUAAAGUGUUGUAAAAUGUUUGAUGUAUAUUACAACACUGCACUUACAAUGCCAUAAACUGUCAUAAUCUUCUCACCAGUUAAGACCACAAUGAAGUGGUCAC